UUCUUCUUCGUCCCCGGUCUCGCUCCCUGCUCUCGGCGAGCUCACUGAAACUGAGGGAGGGCGAGGCAGAUGGAAAUGGGAAGCCCGAAGAACAAGCCGAGGACGAUGCUGCACCACCAAGCUCCCUGCACCCGCGCCCACCAGGUCGGCGCCCUCCUCCUCGUCGCCGGCACCUACUUCCUCACCCGUCUCCUCGACGGCUUCCUCGCUUCCUGCCCAAUCGCCGACCAGACCGGACCACCCGGUCACCUUGUCCGUCUCACCGACGGCGGAUCCCUCUUCUGGCCCUCCUCGGGGUACGGGGCCCAGCUGUCCCUUAAAGUCUACGUCUACGAGGAGGACGAGAUCGACGGCCUGAGGGAGCUGAUGCGCGGCAGGGAGGGCAAGAUCACCGCCGAUGCCUGCGUCAAGGGCCAGUGGGGCACUCAGGUUAAAAUACAUAGGAUGUUACUGAAAUCGAGAUUUCGGACAUGGAGGAAAGAGGAGGCAGAUUUCUUCUUUGUCCCAUCUUAUGUGAAGUGUGUUCGGAUGAUGGGAGGCCUAAAUGAUAAAGAGAUCAAUCAGACCUACGUGAAGAUUUUAAGUCAGAUGCCUUAUUUUAGGCUUUCAGGUGGCCGCAACCACAUAUUUGUCUUUCCAAGUGGUGCGGGAGCUCACUUGUUUAGGUCUUGGGCAACUUACCUGAACCGGUCCGUUAUUCUCACUCCUGAGGGGGAUCGAACAGACAAGCGAGAUGCUAGUGCUUUCAAUACUUGGAAGGAUAUCAUCAUUCCUGGCAAUGUUGAUGAUGCAAUGACCAGAGAUGGGUUUUCAUUGGUCCAGCCCUUGCCUCUAUCAAAGAGAAGAUAUUUGGCUAACUUCUUAGGCCGUGCCCAGAACAAGGUUGGCCGUCUUCAUCUGAUCGAGCUCGCAAAGCAAUUUCCUGAUAAGUUGGAAUCUCCAGAACUGAAGUUCAGCGGCCCUGAAAAACUGGGGAAGAAAGAAUAUUUUGAGCACUUGCGAAAUGCCAAGUUCUGUCUUGCUCCUCGGGGAGAAUCAUCCUGGACCCUUCGCUUCUACGAGUCGUUCUUUGUGGAAUGCGUCCCCGUACUUCUGUCAGAUCAAGUAGAGUUACCCUUUCAGAAUGUUAUUGACUACAAACAAGUAUCCAUCAAGUGGCCAUCUACUCGAAUAGGUCCAGAACUAUUGGGAUACCUGGAGUCAAUUCCAGAUGAUGUUAUAGAGAGGAUGAUAGAUCAUGGGCGGAGAAUAAGGUGUUUGUGGGUCUACACUUCCGAGUCAAGGAGCUGCUCGGCUAUGAGUGGAAUCCUGUGGGAGCUUCAGAGGAAAACGAGGUACUUUCACCAGUCAACUGAGACAUUUUGGCUGCACAAUGGAUCUGUUGUUAAUCGUAACUUGGUUGAGUUCUCCCAAUGGACGCCUCCCAUGCCUUUACCUUAGUUUACGCUCAUCGCAUGAGAAGCCUAUAAUUUGUGAAUUAUGUUUCCAUUGGCUGGGACAAAGUCCGGGUCCUUAUCAAAUGUUGUGGCCCCGAGAUUUAUUGAGAAUUCCUCAUUUUAGAAUGGCUUGAGUGGCCUGUAGAAUAUGCAGAGUUUGUUAUCUCUGAGCUAGCUUCUGUAUCUUACAGACUAUGGCCUUGGGCACUUUCUCGUUAAUCGUAUAGCUGAUUUGUAUUGAUUGAUUCUUUUUGCCUUCCUUAGGCAGUUUAACCUGAUUAGGUUUACCAUUGCAAUUGUAUCUGGAUCCUUUAUUGCCCUAUUACGUGGCUAUUACUUUUGAGAUUCGAGGGUUG